UUCGUAUGAUCCACUUGCCCUAGACCUUAGGUCUGGUCUGAAUAGAGAGACACGGCCACUGGUGCUGCUGCAGAGGAAGUGCACAACUAAAGCUAAAGCCUAAAGACUCACAGAGAGCGAUUCAGAGAAAGAGAGAGAGAGAGACGGGGGAGAUGAGCUGUAGAGUCCAGUCUUGCUCUGGGACGGCAGACUGACUGAAGCUGCUAUUAGUUUUACAGCUGUGCAUCUCUGUCACUCUGGAGUCAUGAGCUCAAAGGGGACGGACCUCCACAACAAACGUCUGCCGUCGGAGACGGAGCAUGCGCAGAGAGUCCCGGACCCAGAUUCGACCCAGCAAACGAGGAUGAAAGAAAGACAACGAUUCUUUGAGGAGGUCUUUCAACACGACGUGGAUGUCUACCUUUCCUCUGCACACCUGCAGAUAGAUUAUAAGAGACCUCCCUUAGGAAGUAUUUCAUCAAUGGAGGUGAACGUUGAUAUGCUAGAACAGAUGGAGCUGAUGGACAUCUCUGAUCAGGAGGCCUUGGAUGUCUUCUUCAGUGCCAGCGGAGAGGAAGAAUCACUGACGUCCCAUCUUCCAGCUCUUGGCCACACUGACAUAGAAGAGGAUGGACUGCCGAGAUCUCACGUGUCCUUGAGAAAUGCUGACCCUUGUGAGAUCAAAUCCCGAAUGUUGUCCACUUCCUCCAACUCCACCUGUGACAGUCAAGCCUCCAACGAGGACAGAUCGAGCACUCCCAUCGUUCAAUCAGAUGAUGAAGACGCGCAUGAAGAUGUGCCCACAGCCAGUGAUGCCACAAAAAAGCAGUCUGCACCCUUAUUAUUAUAAACUGCCUUCUCUUUAAUUACUGACAGUUUGGGAAGUGUAACAUGUCUAGGUUGAGACUGUUUCAUGGGUGGGUUGACCGGUUUUAGCCAUAAAUCAAUCUACCAAAGACCUUCAUGAAUGCUUGUAUUUCACAACACUUUCAAGGCCACUAUUACUCCACACUGAGAGCGUCACACUUCCUAGCAAUUUUGUAAUAUAAUUUGCAUCUUAGCAAGAUUUGACUGUAUCUUUUGUUGUUCUUUGGAAAUAUAGGUUUAGAAAUACCUACACACAUUUUGCAAUGCUCUUUACAAAGACUGAUGGUGCUCUGCAGGCGGACUACAUUGAAUUAAGGCAGUGAGUCUCAUGAAAACAUUUCCAAAAGGAAACAAAACAUAAAAUAGUAACACUUUAGAAUAAGGUUCCAUUAGUUAAUGUUGGUUAAUGUUUUAAUUAACAUGAACAAACAAUGAACGAUACAUUUGUUACUGUAUUUAUUAA